AUGACUAUCACCCAGGAGUCAUCACAGCCAUCUGAGUUCUGGUUAUACGGAUACGGCGAGGAUCACCGAGGAACCCCAAAAGCCCCAGGUCGUGUCGUUACUCUUAUUGAGAGAUCAUACUGGGAACAGCUAACUGACCAUCACGACUCUGCUCCAGAGCGAGUCUGGGGCGUUGCCUACCGUAUCAUCCCUAACAAAGUUGCCGAGGUCAAAGAAUACCUCGAUAUUCGCGAGAUCAACGGCUACACUAUACACUACGCCCCGUUCCAUCCUGCCGAUGGCUCCUCGCCCAUCCGUACUCUGGUUUAUAUCGGCACUCCGGACAAUGAGCAGUUCGUCGGUCCUCAAGAUCCCCAGGAGCUCGCGGAGCACAUCUUCCGCAGUCAGGGGCCUAGCGGCCUGAACAAGGACUACCUUUUGAGUCUUGAUACGGCUCUCAGUGAGCUUGCCCCUGAUAGUGGCGAUAACCAUAUUCAUGAUCUUGCCCGCCGUGUCAGAGAACUCGAGAGUAAUAGCCAUUAUGAGACGAAGACCCGUAACCCAACGACGUCCACUCAUCUCCAGAAGCAUAGUACCGAAGAGUCAGAGGAGAUUGAGGAACCUAAUCAUUAA